UGUCAUGUGAAAGGCUGGAACAGUUCGACCAGGAAGUCUCAGCUUGUUGCUAGAGCUACAGUUUAGCUGCCCACGGCCUGGAAGCACAUACAUUGUAUUUAGGCCUAGUAUUUGGUUUUAAUUUGUGCGCCAUGGCUUCUCUAUUCAAGAAGAAGACAGUCGACGACAUUAUAAAGGAACAGACUAAGGAGCUUCGUGGUACUCAGAGACAGAUCACUAGAGACAGAGCUGCUCUGGAGAAACAAGAGAAACAAAUGGAGAUGGAGAUAAAGAAGAUGGCUAAGUCUGGGAACCGUGAGGCGUGUAAGAUCUUGGCCAAGCAGCUGGUCCAGCUGAGGAAGCAGAAGAACCGGACCUAUGCCGUCAGUUCAAAGGUCACCUCCAUGUCCACACAGACCAAGGUCAUGAAUUCUCAGAUGAAGAUGGCUGGAGCCAUGUCCACUACGGCUAAGACAAUGCAGGCGGUGAACAAGAAGAUGGAUCCGCAGAAGACCCUCCAGACCAUGCAGGACUUCCAGAAAGAGAACAUGAAGAUGGGCAUGACCGAGGACAUGAUCAACGAUACGUUAGAUGAGAUAUUUGUGGAAUCAGGAGAUGAGGAAGAAUCUCAGGACAUUGUGAACCAGGUUCUGGAUGAGAUCGGGAUCGAGAUCUCUGGAAAGAUGGUGAGAGCCCCAGCAGCAGGGAAGAGUCUCCCUACUGCUUCUCCUAAACGGAAAACGCAGAUCUCUGACGACGAGAUAGAGCGACAACUCCGAGCCCUGGGAGUGGACUAACACACACACCAUGGGCUAGGCCUGUGUACUAGCAGGCUGGUGGUCCAGAUUCUGGGUGAUACUAAAUUAGGGAUUAAUAGAAUAUUAUGACCCACACUACAUUCUGCUGCAGCCUGCUGAAGGGGUUGGCUUCUUUAUGUACAUACAGACUGUUGACUCUGGAAAAGUCACCUCUAUGUUCACAUUAUAUUUUGUUCAUGGCUUCUCCAUUAGUCCUGGGAGUACAAAUCCUGUGGGAGGAGGAUGAAGUCAAAGAAACAGAGUGAGGUAAUGACUGUUCUCUGUGCUCUCACAUCUUUAGGUACAGUACUAUAGACGCUGCUGGUGUCAAACUACUGACACUGUGUCGGUCUAGAACCACUGACAUUAACUCUAGGAACUACUGACAUUAACCCCUACGAGUAGGGUAAGGGCUUGACUUUUUCACUAAUAAACAUUUUGCAUGAGAAUCUAUGGAAUUAGCAGGAUCAAGCUGGAUUUCAGAUACGUUAAUAGAUUCAGUUUAAAACGAUGUGUGAAAGAGUAAUUAAUGCUAAUUCAAACUAAUAAUCAUUAACUUGAUAUUUCAUAGAAUGGUUCAUUUUGAAUUGCUUGUUUUGUACUAUUGAGUUGUACUCUAAUUUGAAGAUGUUGUCUAUGUGUCUUAGUUGAUCUCUGUGUGUCUCCUCAUCUCUCCUUUUCUCGGCUGCUGUGCAGUUAUCGUAUCUGUUGUUACACACACACACACACACAUUCUAGAGUGUACAAUGGGUUUG